AUGUUAUUUAUGACUCACAUUCUGACAUAAAAUAUCUAUUUUAUCCGUAAGGCCAUAAAAUGGCCCUAAGAAAAAUAGAAAAAAAUUAAAAAAAAAAAAAAGAGAAAAAGGAAAAAGGCCGAUCCUUUAGCAACUGCCCUAAAUCAUUUAACACCGCCAAGUCUGUAUCUCAGAUUUCUCACCGGUAGCCAAACCCGACAUUAAAUAAAAGGAAAGAAACAACAACGAAGGAGAAAAAGGGGAAAGGAAAACCCGGUCCCCCGUCUCUUGCAACUCACUCUUAUCUUCCUGUUUUUCUUUCUCAAAAGCUUUGCAAAGGAAAAGCUAGGGUUCCAUCCCACCGACCUCCAUUUCUUCAACUUAAAGCCUCUUAUCCAAUAGUUAACAUCCACGUCACAGUAGUACUCAAGUACCGCAAAGGAAUUAAGAAAGGGUAAAAGAAGGUAAGAUAAAUAGGAGGAAAGAGAUGGAUUUGAGUGGUAGGAGAAGAGCAGGAGCUAAGGGCAGUGUUGUUGCAGGGUCAGUGUGGGAAACUAGGAUGAAGAUUGAUGAAGUCAAAGGUGGAAUCAAGGUUUUCAGUGGAGAAGAAAAUAGUGAGAGUGGUAAUGAAAAAUUGGGCUUGAAGAACGGCCAGACUAUUGGCGGUGUGGCUGUUAGUGGCAAGAGAAAGACUUGGAAAAGUGAGAUCUUUGAAGGGUUUGAGAAGAACCCAUUUCAGAUUGCCAAAGGCAAAACUGAAGAACAGUGCAAGGAGUUGAGUGGGUCUGUUGAUGGAACUAAGAAGAGCCCAAUUCGGGUACCUAAAGGAAGAUCCGAGGAACAUUGCAAAGAUUUGAGCUUGUCUGUUGAUGGAAUUAAGAAGACUCCAGUUCAGGUCAAGAAAGGAAGACCUGAUGGGAUUAGGGACCUUAGCAAGUCUUUUGAUGGAACUGGGAGAAGCCCAAUUCAUUUGGAGAUGCCAAGAUCUGAAGUUCCUAAAAGGUCUGCCGAUCUGAGUAGAGAUGUUAUUGAAUCUGGUGAGAAUUCAGUUCAAUUAAGGAAGGCAAAACCAGACCCAGUUAAGGCCUCAGAUCUGUCUGGUAAUGGAGACAGAUAUGAUGAGAAUUCACUUCAAUUGAGGAGGUCGAAUUCAGAGGAGAAUGAAGUGUUGGUUUUGGAUGAUCAAUCAGAGGGGAAUAAUGUUUCCAAUGAAGAAAAUGAGAAUAACCAAGUUGAAACUGAGUCUGAGGAGAACUGUAAGGAGUUUGAUGUCUGCCAAGAAAAGGUCAUUUCAAGCAGUACAAGCUAUGGAAAUAUAGUCAAAUCAUCUCCUGAAGUAUUAGUUGAUGAUGGUGAUGGAGUUGAAGAUGAAGAUGAUGAAGAAUUUUAUGAUGACGAGGAAGAAGAGGAAAUUGAGGUUGGGAUUGAAAAGAAGAGCUUUGACAUUAAGGAAAUGAAUGUACCAGAGGAGAAGCCUAACAGAGUUGCUAAUGAAUUGAAGAAAUUACCAGAAGAAAAACCCAACAAAGCCAUUAAUGAAGUGAACAAGUUCCACGAAGAUAAGUCUAGAAAAGCUGUCAAUGAAGUGAAGAAAAUUAGCGAAUUCCAUAACAAAACUGCACUUUCUUCAACUGUGAAUAAGCAGCUUCCACCAGUUGUAAAGCGUGCUACUUCAGUUCACACAACUCCAAUAAAACCUACAAAAUCCACUCAUUUUUUAGUCUCAGAUGAUUACCAUUACCAGAGGUUCCCACAGACUCGGAACAAAUUGCAGAAUUUAGUUGAUUUAGUAAUGUGGAGAGACUUAUCCAAAUCGGCACUGGUCUUUGGGAUGGGAACAUUGAUCAUUAUCUCGUCCUCUUACACCCAGGACCUCAACUUCAGCUGUAUUUCUGUAAUUUCCUAUCUGGGACUUGUUUACCUUGCGGCCAUCUUCGUUUACAGAUCAAUCAUCUGCAGGGGAGUUGUGGGUAUAGAUGAGUCAAGCUGUGUUCUUGGAGAAGAUGAAGCAGUUUGGUUACUUAAAUUGGUUCUUCCUUACUUGAAUGAGUUCUUAUUAAAACUCAGGGCACUCUUUUCUGGUGAUCCUGCUACUACAAUGAAGUUGGCAUUGCUGCUGUUUGUUUUGGCCAGGUGUGGCAGCUCCAUAACUAUCUGGAAAAUGGCUAAAUUGGGCUUUUUUGGCGUUUUCACUGUCCCAAAAGUCUGCUCUUCUUAUUCCCACCAGUUAACUGCAUACGGAAAAGUUUGGAUUCGAUGCUUUCAUGAUGCAUGGGAUUCAUGCACACACAAAAAGGCUGUGGCAGUGGCCAUCUUCAUCCUGGUUUGGAACAUGUCUUCACUUGUUGCUCGCAUUUGGGCAGCAUUCAUGCUUUUUGUGGCCCUCCGAUGCUAUCAGCAAACAAUGGUGACAGAUGAUUGGGUGGGGGAUGAAGCUGGGCUGCAAGAACCGACGGGAAGGCAAAGACAUGGGGUUGGGCCAUCUAGAGUAGAACAAAUUAAAGUAAAGAAAGGAUCCUAAGAGUGAGCUUUGGGCCAUGCCUACAUUAAGUGUUCGCAUGACAACAUGUCCCAAGUUGUUUUUUUUUUUUUUUUUUUCAUUUUGUCUUUCAUAUUUUUAAAUACAUAGUUUUAUAGAAAUAUAUUUUCUUCUUUUUUGGGGCUGUAAAUAUGCAUGUUUGGUUUACGUGACUUUACUAGGCCAGCAUGACAAUAAACAAUCGAUAUUUGAUGUUUGAUUAUAAUGGAAAAGAAACCUUUAUGUGAACACAUGGUGAUAGUAGUAAUGAACAAUCUAGAAGAAGAUGAUGAAAGUAUGGAACCAAUCCUGCUCAGGCGUAAAAGUACAAG